UAUGCUGCGGUCGCCUCAUGCCCAUCUCAAACACAGUGGAAAAGUCUACUUACAGAACGCUGGAACUUGAAGGCACCUACGCUCAUCAUCAGUGUAAUUGGAGCACGAGCGGAACUGAGCAAGAAGUUCAAAAUGACAUUGAAGAAUGGGCUGUGGAAAGCUGCGGAAAGUGCGGGCUGUUGGAUAGUCUCUGACGCAAUCGACAGAGGAUUGACAAAAGUUGCUGGCGAGGCUGUCCGUGAUUACAGAGAAGCCUACGGAGGCGAUCGCAUGGUGCUGGUGGGUGUGACCUCCUAUGAGAAGCUAAUGUUUCGGGAUUUGUUCAACGCCGAUUCAAGGGAGGGAAAAGAUGGGCACUAUGUGGUUCGGUAUCCUGAAAAACUCUCGGAAGAUGAACGCGACGAAGGAGUAGUUAGUGCAAACAGCUCCUUGAACCUUCCCUAUUGGUCCAAAGAUCCUGAUGAAACUCAUGACGCGCAAGAAAACAAGCUGGGGCCGAAUUCGAAAUGUCGAAUGAAGCACCAUUUCCGAUUGAACGAGAAUCACCAAUUUGUGGUAAUGAUGGACCGGCAGGAAGAUAAAGAGAGCUCUAAUCGGAAACGCCUUCUGGACUUACGCAUCAUGCUUGAACGGAUCCUGGUUACUUGGGCUAAACCCUCCGAGAGCCCAGCAGCAUCCAGCACUUCCACAAAGCCCCCUCAAACCGAAGAAAUAAACAGAAAAUCGGCUGAAAAUCCACAGCUGCGGAAAACAUCGCAGGAGAAACGGUCCGGCUUAAAUGCACCUCAGUUGCACUUGCCAAGUCAUCCGAGAGCAUCAGUCGUCCUUCCUGAUCUCACAUGCACACUCCUGGAUCAGCCAACCCAACGUUUGAGUGAAUCUGCAAACCCGGACCAGACAUCAUCAACAGGCGGCACAUCAUCCAGACGAAGUUCUAAACCGGGGCUUCUGGACAAGACCGCACAACUCGAAGGUGAUGGCGAGAUUGUAACUAGCGAUACGGUUGCACGCGUUCCCAUUUGUGGUAUCGUUGCUGGUGGUGGGGAAUCCACAUUACAGCAGGUGUACGCAUCAGUUACACUCAAUCGUUGUCCGAUGGUAAUCGUAAAGGGAACUGGAGGCACUGCUGAUGUCAUAGCCAAUGUGAUUGACUUCAUCAACUUCAAGAACUCUCUGGAGGAGAACGUUAUUACGGAAGACGAUACAAAUAUGAAGAUUAGCAGCAUCAUUCACGAAACUCGAAGCAGCUCCGGCGCAGAACAAAUAAAAAUGGCAAGGAAGAAGAAAUUCGCGAAACCCAACGAAAAGACCGAGGCUGAAAAGAAGGAAAGUGAAGGGAAGCAAGUGAAUUACCGGGCGUACGCACAACAAGUUGCCCUGUUGCGUGAACUAAUCGAGCAGUACCCGCAUCUUCUGUCAGUGUUUGAUUCAGAGGAUACCGACCUGGACGGCUAUAUGAUUUCAGCUUUACUGAGUAGCGUUUGGUUUUCACGGGAAACUCAAGUGAAUCUAUCGUUAAUGAUGUUCUUCAACUGA